CUUCCUGGCAGUCCCCGCAUCACGUGGGGCCCAACCCAGUCGGCCUCCUAACUCCCCUUCUUACGCAUGCGCCCUUUCCCCGCGCGGGUCCCAACAAAGCCUAAAUCCCGCCCUGCCCGGGAGCCCGCGUCCUGAUUGGCUCGCUCUGGACCGGGAUGUCGGCCCGGGUGGUCCGGCGCCGACACCCCAGCGAUAAAACAGAUCUUCCACACCGAGACCCGCGCGCCCCAGGGGUGUGGCCCAAGCGCAGGUCCGCCCUCUGGCUCCCAGCCAAACACUGAGUCGGGAUCGAUCCGGCGCCAGCCUGGACUAACUCAGCUCCGAUCCCGGGGAACCACGCCCCCGGGAGCCCACUGCCUGGCCAGCGCGGGCCUGGUCUUCAGUCGUACAUCGCCCCCACUUGGGAAAAGGUGCAUGGGCCUCUCGCCGCCUCGUCGGCUCCUUCCUCUCUACCUGCCUGUCCAAACCCUCUCGGCCCCGAGCCACCUGGCUGUCUGGGUGCGUGUGCAGAGGUGCGGCGUCCGGAACCCGGCUCCCGCAGAGGCUCCGGGUAGCAAGCAGCCCUGUUGCCGCCCAGAUGGUGCGUGCGGCCGAGCCCCCCGACGGGGGCUGGGGCUGGAUGGUGGUACUCUCGGCAUUCUUCCAGUCGGCGCUGGUGUUCGGCGUGCUGCGCUCCUUUGGGGUCUUCUUCGUGGAGUUCGUGGCGGCGUUUGAAGAGCAAGCAUCGCGCAUCUCCUGGAUCGUCUCCAUAGGAAUCGCGGUGCAGCAGUUUGGGAGUGAGUGCUGUGCCUGGAUCUGGCGGACUUCGACCCUCAGAAGGGAGAGGGAAUGCGGGGACCGGAAAGGGGAAGGCGAGGGGUGGGAGAUGCAAGCGGGGAGACGCCCGAGAUCUUCUCGCAACGCCCCUUCCACUUCCUCAGGCCCGGUAGGCAGUGCCCUGAGCACGAAGUUCGGGCCCAGGCCGGUGGUGAUGACUGGAGGCGUCUUGGCUGCGCUGGGGAUGCUGCUCGCCUCUUUUGCUACCUCCUUGACCCACCUAUACCUGAGUAUUGGGUUGCUGUCAGGAUCUGGCUGGGCCUUGACCUUCGCUCCGACCCUGGCCUGCCUGUCCUGUUACUUCUCUCGCCGUCGAUCCCUGGCCACCGGGCUGGCACUGACAGGCGUGGGCCUCUCCUCCUUCGCAUUUGCCCCCCUUUUCCAGUGGCUGCUCAGCCGCUAUGCCUGGCGGGGUUCCCUACUGCUGGUGUCUGCCAUCUCCCUCCACCUGGUGGCCUGUGGUGCUCUCCUCCGGCCACCCUCCCUGACUGAGGACCCUGCUGUGGGUGGUCCCAGGGCCCAACUCACCUCCCUUCUCCAUCAUGGCCCCUUCCUCCGUUACACUGUUGCCCUCACACUGAUCAACACUGGCUACUUCAUUCCCUACCUCCACUUGGUGGCCCAUCUCCAGGACCUGGAUUGGGACCCACUGCCUGCUGCCUUCCUCCUCUCAGUUGCUGCUAUUUCUGACCUCGUGGGGCGUGUGGCCUCCGGAUGGCUAGGAGACGCAGUCCCAGGGCCCGUGACACGACUCCUGAUGCUCUGGACCACCCUGACUGGGGUGUCACUAGCCCUGUUCCCUGUAGCUCGGGCUCCCACAGCCCUAGUGGCUCUGGCUGUGGCCUACGGCUUCACAUCAGGGGCGCUGGCCCCACUGGCCUUCUCCGUGCUGCCGGAACUAGUUGGGACUAGAAGGAUUUACUGUGGCCUGGGACUGUUGCAGAUGAUAGAGAGCAUCGGGGGGCUGCUGGGACCUCCCCUAUCAGGCUACCUCCGGGAUGUGACCGGCAACUAUACGGCUUCUUUCGUGGUGGCUGGAGCCUUCCUUCUUUCAGGGAGUGGGGUUCUUAUCACCCUGCCCCACUUCUUCUGCUGCUCAGCUGCUACCUCCAGGCCCCAGGACCUUGUAACAGAAGCACUGGACACUGAAGUUCCCCUGCCCAAGGAAGAGCUGGAAGAGGACUGAACUCCACAGGGUCAGGCCCAGAAACUCAGAGCGUGACAGCGCCAGGUCUUCUGUUGCCACGUCUUGGCCUCCACAGAGCCACAGUGCCUUAAGAUCCCCCUAGAGCAGGCCUGAGGCUCCUGCAAAGUGUGUGCUAAUCCCUUGUAUUUUCUUGAGGACUCUUAUUUCUCCUCCUUGAGUCCCCUAACCUUUUCUAAAGGACCCAGGAGUUUUUAAACAUCCAGGAGUUCCUGCUUCACUGAGCUGUGAAUCAACUGUGAAAAUCAAAGGCCAAGAGACUUAUCAUGUUUUGUAUACUAUCUCUAGUGUUGCCUCCUAAGUUUCUUCUCUGAACACUCAUGUUUGGGAAACAAGAAUGUCCCUUUGAGAUAAAAUCAAAUAAGAAAAUUAGAUAAUAAUC